UUCCCGGCAACCCUUUUGCACAGCGACUUCUUACACUCCUUCUCGGGGCGCAAAUUCUCACGUUUUGUUUAUCACUAGAGUCCCGCCCUUCUUUACCUCACGAGGGAUGGCGUCACCCCUCAUAAAUAUUGAGAAGGCGCCCGAAUAGCGUUGCUAAUAUAAGAAGAGAAGGGGGGCGUGGGGAAAGAAAAUGACACUGCUCCAUCGGGGCCUGCUUUAAUUAAUAUUCAUAAGGAGCCUCCGAACUAGAGGCCGGACCGGGUGGGAGGGAAAGAGAAGGAGGCGGUGGCUGCCUGCUGUUGCUGCUCCUCUCUCUCUUCCAGUCCCUAAUGGCGCUGGCGACAACGGCAGCAGCUGUGCGGCGGCGAGGCUGAGCCGAAUGGAACGCGGAGACACCGACGGAAUGUUCGCAAUUGCUACAUAAUCCCGCUCCCCCUCCCCUCUUUGGAACGUGGCGUGUCGGUGCGUUCUACAAUGGAACCUGCGCAGCAACCACAGCGUGGAAGCAGCGAAGCGCCGGCCCCGAUGAUCGGCAAGGGGGAGCGGCCGGGAAACUCGGGCCAGACAGUCCUCAGCAGCGAAGGUGGACCCAGCCCACUGGAAGGUGGCAAAGGAACAGCCGCCGUCGCCGCAGCAGCAACGGGUGUCGCCGGAGGCCAGCAGCGGCGAAGGAAACGAGGGGCCGCGGCUGCUGCUGGAGCCGGCUGCGGUGCUCCACUCGCACUGGCGGCCAACGGGACUCAGGCGGCGGCUGCUGCUGUUCCCAGCAGCGGCGCCAACUCCCUACUGUUGCGGAGAGGGAGGCUGAAGAGGAAUCUUUCGGCCGCCGCGUCUUCCUUCUCCACCACUACUGCUUCAUCCGCUGCCGCCGCCGCCUCUCUGGGUACCCGCAGCCUAGAUCGGAAGGCGCUGCUUUUGCUGCCCAAGCCACCUCGGCAGCUCCAGCCCCUCCAACCGCCAGAGCGAGACUGGGUGCGACGGGACCUCCAGCGGGGAUGCGUCCAUGUCUACUACCACCACCACCACCACCAUCACCAGCAGCGAGGGAGCGGUGGCUGUUACCUGCGCGCUGUUGUUUGCACCCUAGAGACCACCGCAGCCGAAGUGGCCUCUCGGCUGCUGCAGCUCAGGCACCGGGGAGGGAGUAGCAGCGCCGUCCGGGUCUUGGGGAAGUCGGCGGCAGCAACAGCAGAGACUCGCAUCCCACAUGAAGAAGAGGAGGAGGAGGAAGACGAAGAAGAAAUGGAGGAUGAUUUUGCAGCAGACCCGGGGGGAGGAAAAGAAGCGCUGCCCGACCCCAUAGAGGCUUCGGCCUCUCCCGCGGGGAGAAGGCCGCGGGGUCGUCGGGGAACCCCCAAUGGCUUGGGCUGCGGGGAGAGGGUUCCCCGGCCCGGGCGCUUGUCUCUAAGUGGCGGGGAGACUGGCCGGGCAGGUGGACGGUCCAGCCUUUCGCCCGCCGACUGUAGUCCCGGGCGGGCCUUUCCACCGCCGCCUCCUACACAGCUCUACCUUUCGGGUCCGCCGCUCUCCUGCCCGUCCCUCCUGGGUGGUUCUGACACCGAGAGCUUCAGUCCCAGCGCCGAGAGCACCUCUGACCGGCUGGAUCCCUACAGCGCGGGCGGCGGCUCCUCGUCUUCUUCGGAGGAAUUGGAGAUGGAUCCCGUCCCGCCACCUGCGGCGGCGGCGGCGGAGGAAGACGAAGGGGCAGGAUUGGGGCCUGGCAGGAGCCACCGUUGUCGGCUAGGCAACUUGCCAUCGGUGCACGCUGAGAACCCCCGGGUGGGGAGAGCUGCAGGGGACUCCCGCGGUGCGGGGAAGGCAGUGGGAGGAGACCCCACUCUUGCCGGGGAAGCCGUCUCUUCGCAGCACCCUCCGGCCUUAUACGUACAGCUGUACGGGGAGACCGCCCGCAGGCUGGAAUCGCACGAGAAGCCCUUGCAGAUUCAAAACGACUACCUCUCCCAGCUCGGCUUCCGGGACCUGUGGCGGGUGCAGGAGGAGGGCAUGGACUCGGAGACCGGCUGCCUCAUCCGCUUCUAUGCAGGAAAACCCCACAGCAUUGGCAACUCUGAACGCAUUCAGCUCUCAGGAAUGUACAAUGUUCGAAAAGGGAAAAUGCAUUUGCCGGUCAACAGAUGGACAAGACGCCAAGUUAUCCUUUGUGGGACGUGCCUAAUUGUAUCAUCAGUGAAAGAGAGCCAGACUGGAAAGAUGCAUGUACUCCCCUUAAUUGGUGGAAAGGUUGAAGAAGUUAAAAAGCACCAGCACUGUUUAGCAUUUAGCUCCUCUGGACCCCAGAGCCAGAGUUAUUACAUCUGUUUUGACACUUUCACUGAGUACUUGCGGUGGCUUCGGCAAGCUUCAAAGAUUGCAUCUCAACGAAUAAGCUCAGUAGAUCUCUCAUGUUGCAGCCUGGAAGAUCUCCCUGCCAACCUCUUCUAUAGCCAGGACCUCACUCAUCUCAAUUUGAAGCAAAACUUCCUGAGGCUGAACCCCGGCUCAUCCACAGCCAGAGGACUUAAUGAGCUACAAAGGUUCAGCAAGCUGAGGAGCCUUAACCUUUCUAACAAUCAUUUAGGAGAGUUUCCAUUGGCUGUGUGCAGCAUUCCAACCUUGACUGAGCUCAAUGUGUCCUGCAAUGCACUCAGAAGUAUUCCAGCAGCCGUUGGUGAUAUGAACAAUUUACAUACGUUCUUAUUGGAUGGGAACUUCCUCCAGAGCCUUCCUGCUGAGUUGGAAAAGAUGCACCAGCUUAGCUAUUUGGGUCUUUCUUUCAAUGAAUUCAGCGACAUUCCUAAGGUAUUAGAGAAGCUGCCUGCCAUGGACAAACUCUGUAUGUCUGGAAACUGCAUGGAGACACUCAGCUUGCAGACACUCAAGAGAAUGCCACACAUUAAACAUAUAGAUCUAAGGUUAAAUGUCAUCAGGAGGUUGGUGGCAGAUGAAGCUGAUUUCCUACAUCACGUCACUCAGCUCGACCUUCGGGACAAUAAACUAGGCGAGCUCGACGCCACCGUCUUCAAUAAUGUUGAAAUACUGCACUGUGAAAGAAACCAGCUAGUCACCCUGAAAAUCAGCGGAUACUUGCUUAAAGCUCUUUACGCCACUUCAAAUGAACUUGUUCACCUUGAUGUGUAUCCAGUUCCAAACUACCUGACUUAUAUGGAUGUUUCUAGAAACCACCUCGAGAGCCUUCCUGAGUGGGUUUGCGACAGCAGGAAGCUAGAAGUGCUGGAUCUUGGCCACAAUCAAAUAUGUGAACUGCCUGCCCGGUUAUUUUGCAACAUCAGCUUGCGGAAGUUGCUUGCAGGACACAAUCAAUUAGCAAGGCUACCAGAAAGGAUUGAACGAACACAUGUCGAAGUCCUGGAUGUGCAACACAACCUGCUUGCAGAGCUGCCAUCUAAUUUGCUGUUGAAAGCUGACAGCUUGAGGUACCUAAACGCUUCUGCCAACAAACUGGAAAUGCUGCCCCCAGCCACUCUUUCGGAAGAGACUCGCAGCAUUUUACAGGAACUCUAUUUAACCAACAAUCACCUCACAGAUAAAUGUGUGCCCUUGCUAACGGGCCACCCACACCUGAAGAUCCUGCAUAUGGCCUACAACCGCCUGCAGAGCUUUCCUGCAAGUAAAAUGGCCAAACUUGAAGACCUGGAAGAAAUUGAUGUUAGUGGAAAUAAACUGAAAUCCAUUCCCACAACUAUUAUGAACUGUCGACGCAUGCAUACUGUGAUUGCACACUCCAAUUGUAUCGAAGUCUUCCCGGAAGUCAUGCAACUUGGUGAAAUCAAGUGUGUGGACCUGAGCUGUAAUGAGCUGUCUGAAGUCACGUUACCUGAAAACUUGCCUCCAAAGCUGCAGGAACUAGACCUGACUGGAAACCCCAGACUUGUCCUGGAUCACAAAAUCCUGGAGCUAUUGAAUAAUAUUCGUUGUUUCAAGAUUGACCAGCCUUCAGUCGGAGAUGCCUCUGGAGCCCCAGCAGUGUGGAGCCAUGGUUAUACUGAAGCAUCAGGAGUUAAAAACAAGCUGUGUGUGGCAGCUCUUUCCGCCAAUAAUUUCUGUGACAACCGGGAAGCCCUCUAUGGUGUCUUUGAUGGAGACCGCAAUGUGGAAGUACCUUACCUUCUGCAGUGUACCAUGAGUGACAUCUUGGCAGAGGAGCUGCAGAAAACCAAGAGUGAAGAGGAAUACAUGAUUAACACUUUCAUUGUAAUGCAGAGGAAACUUGGAACUGCUGGGCAGAAGCUUGGAGGCUCUGCUGUCCUUUGCCACAUAAAGCAUGACCCAAUAGACCCAGGUGGAUGCUUCACAUUAACCUCUGCAAAUGUGGGGAAGUGCCAAUCUGUUCUCUGCAGGAAUGGCAAACCUCUGCCUUUAUCCAGGUCUUAUAUGAUGAACUGUGAAGAAGAGCUAAGGAGGAUCAAGCAGCAUAAGGCCAUCAUCACAGAAGAUGGCAAAGUGAAUGGUGUGACAGACUCAACAAGAAUCUUGGGAUACACCUUCCUUCACCCGAGUGUGAUUCCUCGUCCUCACGUACAGUCCAUCACUUUGACUCCUCAGGAUGAAUUCUUCAUUCUGGGCAGCAAAGGCCUGUGGGACAGCCUGUCCAUUGAUGAAGCUGUGGAAGCUGUCAGGAACGUGCCGGAUGCUCUGGGAGCUGCCAAGAAACUCUGCACGCUGGCCCAGAGUUAUGGCUGCAACGACAGUCUCAGCGCUGUGGUUGUUCAGCUCAAUGUAACCGAAGACAGUUUCUGCUGCUGUGAGCUAAAUGGCAUCCCUCCACCCAGCCCAGGCAUCUUCCCCCAGUCAGUCAAUGUGGUCAUUAAAGAUAAGCCUUCUGAUGCAUUAGGAAUGCCCUCCUCUAGCAGCGGGAUGGCAUCUGAGAUCAGCAGUGAGAUCUCAACUUCUGAAAUGAGCAGUGAGGUGGGGUCUACGGCCUCCGAUGAGCCACCUCAGGUAGCCAUGAAUGAAAACAGCCCCGCCUACCCUAGUGAACAGCGCUGCAUGCUCCACCCGGUCUGUCUCUCCAGCUCUUUCCAAAGGCAGCUGUCCAGCGCCACUUUCUCCAGCGCCUUUUCAGACAAUGGCCUUGAUAGUGAUGAUGAGGAGCCCAUUGAAGGGGUCUUUUCCAAUGGCAGUAGAGUAGAAGUGGAGGUGGACAUCCACUGUGGCCGAACAAAGGAGAAGCAGCUGCUGCAGGCCCCGGUAGAAGCCAGCGACGAGGGCAUUGUCAUUAGUGCAAACGAAGAGGAUACAUGCCUCCUUAGGAAGGCUGAUCCUUCCGCCACAGGUACCAUUGGGCGCCGCAGAGGCAACGGUUCUGUAGCGCCUCAGGAGAGGAGCCACAACCUCAUAGAAGUGGCAGCUGAUGCGCCACUCAGAAAAACUGGGGGCUACUUUGCAGCCCCAGCUCAGCCAGAUCCAGAUGAUCAGUUCAUCAUCCCGCCAGAGCUUGAGGAGGAGGUCAAGGAGAUAAUGAAACAACACCACGAACAGCAGCAGCAGCAGCAACACCAACAGCGGCAAUACCAGAUGGACCAGCUGCCAGAUUAUUACGACACGCCACUAUGACCAAGCUGACUGAAAUAAGCUAACCAGACAUUGAGAGCUAGAGGCUCCUUAGGUUUGUAUGACACUUGCAGGGUAGGAAGGAGAGGCAAAGAGUUUUUGUCCCACUUUCUCUCCCAUGACUCUUCCCCUCUACUGAGAACUGCAGCUGCUUCUUGUUUGUUAGCUGUAAUAAUCACCGAUUUCCCCUCCUCCCGUCUUUUAGUAAUGUUUCACCAGUUAGAAUUAAAUUAGUUUAAUUCUUCCCCUUCCUUAACAUAUCAAAUGUAAAAAAAAAAAAGUGGAGGAAAAAAAUAAAAUACAAAAGGUUUAAUAUAUUGCAGAGAAAACUGAUGAUGUCGAUGUAAUAUUUUUUAAAAUUGUUCUGUUUUGGGUUUUGUUUUGUUUUUCAUUUUGGGGGGUCUGUUUGGAAAACAGGGCAGUAUUGCCAGUGCUAAAUGAUUAAGUAAUAUUGUAAUACUGUAUUUCUUUGAGAGAGAAAAAAGGCUUUUUUGGUCUUGAAAAUGGAUAGACAUUUGUAGAAUUAUGGAGACUAACUCCUAGGAGUUGCUUUUACUCUUUCAGGCGACUUUAAGUCACUGAGAUUCACUAAUUUUCUCUGAGAGAACAGCUGAUUGGGAAAUUCCUGUAAAUAACUCAGUGUUGUAUAGUGACAGCUUCAAAUGUUUUGUAGUCUUGGCAGGAGGACGCAACCUGAUAAACUGAUUGUUUGCUUCCCCUCCCCACCCCCCAGAGUGUUUUCGCAUGUCUUGUCAAAAAAUUCCCACUGGCAACCUGAGAUGCAACCAAACCUGGAGAGCAGGGAAAUUGUACAAACUUGAGGCUCUCCCAGUGGGUUAGCUGGGUUGAAGAGUGCGGGCCCUGGUUGACCCAUUGUGUCUAUGCCGCCAUGUCCAGUUGCCAUCUGGGUUGGCUGGGCCUAAGCCACCGAGGGUGUGUUUGCUCUUGUGUGAAAUUGCCCCUAAAUGAUUGGUUCAUUCUUCGAGCUACCAUCCACAUAAAGUUAGUAGAAUGCAGCUGCCACUUGCUGUGUAGGAAUUAGGUGGGUAUUGGGCCACAAACACCCAAGUUACUUUAUUUUUUGUCUUUCUUCACCAUUAACUUUCGCAGGCACAUUUUUGUGUGUUCCUCCCUGCUGCCACAACCAGCAUGAUUGUAUAGAGUUCAUUUACUGUAGAUCAUUUACAUACCAAGAGUUAUAUUAAAAGAAGAAUGCACAAAUGAACAUGUCAUAAUUUUUGUUAUAAUAAAUACAAAAAUUUACAAAUA